AUGGCGGCUCCAAUGGUGGAAUUCGUUUUUCCUGCUGGAUCUAGUGGAUCUGGUAAAGAUGGAGUGUGUAUUGGUGAGAAAAGAGCUCGUACCCAUGAGAUGUGUGAUGAUGGUGGUAGUGAUGGUGAGGAUUCUUCUCUUCAUGUGCCUACUUUGUUGAUGAGUUUUAAACAUAAGGUUUUUGGUGUCUCUGGCAUGGCUGAAGAUAAUCUAGUUAUUGGUGAUGGCGAUUGUGUGGUUAUGAAUGGGAAUAUUCCUUCCAUUAAAUUCUCUGAGUCAAUUAAGGAGUGUCUAUAUCGUCCUUGGAGAACUUCUGUGACCAUCAAGCUUAUGGGUCGUCCAUUGACUUAUAAUUUUCUUUGUGCUCGUCUUCUUCAACGCUAA